GUGAGAGGGGCCGGCCCGGGGCCGUGCUACGUGUCGCGGGAGCCCUUAUAGCGCGCUGCCGCCGGGCUGGCUCUGCCUGCCCGCUUGCCCGCCACCAUGUCGAGCAGCCAGCAGACGGGAUCAACCAAUGUGGUUUACCAAGCCCACCAUGUCAGCAGGAGUAAGAGAGGACAAGUUGUCGGUAGCAGGGGUGGAUUUCGAGGCUGCACAGUUUGGCUAACAGGCCUUUCUGGAGCUGGUAAGACAACCAUCGGCUUUGCUCUGGAAGAGUACUUGGUUUCUCAUGGCAUCCCCUGCUAUUCCCUGGAUGGUGAUAAUGUUCGGCAUGGCUUGAAUAAAAACCUGGGUUUCUCAGCUGGAGACCGUGAGGAGAACAUCCGCCGCAUUGCAGAGGUGGCCAGGUUGUUUGCUGAUGCUGGGCUCGUCUGCAUAACAAGUUUCAUUUCUCCUUUUUCAAAGGAUCGUCAAAAUGCACGAAAAAUUCAUGAGGCAGCUGGGCUUCCUUUCUUCGAAAUCUUUGUAGAUGCUCCUCUAAAUAUUUGUGAAAGCAGAGAUGUGAAGGGACUGUACAAAAAGGCAAGAGCUGGAGAGAUCAAAGGAUUCACAGGGAUUGACUCAGAGUAUGAGAAGCCUGAAUCUCCUGAACUAGUGUUGAAAACAAACGUUGCAUCGGUGUCUGAAUGCAUUCAGCAGGUUGUGGAGCUCCUGCAGACACAAAACAUUGUGCCCCGCGCGUCGAUUAAGGAUGUUCUUGAGCUAUUUGUACCCGAAAAUAAACUUGAUAGUGUCCGAGCUGAAGCAGACAUGCUACCAUCCAUAGAGAUCACGAAGCUGGAUCUGCAGUGGGUGCAAGUGCUGAGUGAAGGCUGGGCCACGCCACUGAAGGGCUUCAUGCGCGAGGCAGAGUACCUGCAAGUGAUCCAUUUUGGCACCCUGCUGAACGACGGCAUUAUCAACCUGACCAUCCCCAUCGUGCUGCCCAUUUCCACGGAGGACAAGCAGCGGCUGGAGGGCUGCGGAGCACUGGCGCUCAGCUACAAGGGGCACAAGGUGGCGAUCCUGAAGAACCCCGAGUACUUCGAGCACAGGAAGGAGGAGCGCUGCGCCCGCAUCUGGGGCACCACUUGCGCCAAGCACCCAUACGUCAAAAUGGUGAUGGAGAGUGGAGACUGGCUGGUUGGUGGAGAGCUCCUUGUGCUGGAGAAAAUCAAAUGGAAUGAUGGACUGGACCAGUACCGUCUGACACCACUCGAUCUCAAGCAGAAGUUCAGAGAAAUGAAUGCUGAUGCUGUCUUUGCGUUUCAGCUGCGCAACCCCGUGCACAAUGGGCAUGCCCUGCUCAUGCAGGAUACGCGGAGCCAGCUCUUGCAGAGAGGCUACAAAAACCCUGUGCUUCUCCUGCAUCCCCUGGGUGGAUGGACCAAAGACGAUGAUGUCCCGCUGGAAUGGCGAAUGAAGCAGCAUGCAGCGGUGCUCGAGGAGCAUGUUCUGGACCCAAAAUCAACCAUCGUUGCCAUCUUCCCCUCUCCCAUGCUCUAUGCUGGCCCCACAGAGGUGCAGUGGCACUGCCGGGCUCGCAUGAUUGCUGGGGCCAACUUCUACAUUGUAGGGCGCGAUCCUGCAGGCAUGCCUCACCCUGAGACCAAGAAGGACCUCUACGAGCCUACACAAGGAGGGAAGGUCCUCAGCAUGGCACCGGGCCUGACCUCAGUGGAAAUCAUCCCCUUCCGAGUGGCUGCUUACAACAAAGUGAAGAAGGCUAUGGAUUUUUAUGACCCCAAAAGGCACGACGAUUUUGACUUCAUCUCAGGAACACGCAUGAGAAAGCUUGCUCGUGAAGGUGAAAACCCACCAGAUGGUUUCAUGGCCCCCAAAGCUUGGAAAGUCCUAACCGAGUACUACCAGUCACUGGAAAAAAAGAAUUAACACUACUUUUAAAAAUACUUGUAUUAAGAGUGAGCAAUGAUUGAUUGAUUCCCUAUGAUACAGAUCAGCUACUUUGAUAUUUUCAAUAUUCUGACUCGUAGGACUUUCCUGCCUGGGUCAGAGAGUUUUUUACUAAUCAGAAAUACUUUGAGCUGGGGCCUUCUCCCCUUGAAGCUGCCAGGAGCACCCUGAUGGAGCUGGAAGGGGCGGGCAGCUGGCCCUUCGCUCCCAGCACAGCGCAGCUCCGAGAAGCCCAGUGCGACGCCAGCUGGGUCUCUCGGUGCUGCUGGCACUGCGCUCCGGUCCCUGCUGCAGAGCCAGGACCUUGGCACCGGGAUAAAAAUGUGCCCCUGCACGAAGCAGGAAUGAUGAAGUGUUUUUCCUUUACCCCUCGCCCAGUGCAGGAGCAGCUGCUGGGACGAGAAGUGGUUGCUGCUGGCACUUGGUGCUUGGAUCCAGUUGCUGCUCUCAAGAUUGAGCCUUAGACAAUAUUUUCUAACAGAAGGACUUUUUAAAUGCCUUUUUUUUAACUGGAUCUUUUUAAAUAGCCUAGACAACAAGUCGCUUGUUGUUCUUCCUUUCUUCCUCCUGCUUGACCCAUCCAGUCAGAAAAAAAAAAACCUGGACUGAUCUUUCCUGCUGCUCUGAGCUCACUGUCCUGUGAGUCUGCAGCAUGCCCAGCCCCAGCGUGGCUGCAGAGGGUGCUGCCUGGGCUCAGGGCCUGGUGGGCUGGCAGCCAGGCGAAGCUAUCCUAGGGGGACAUUGUGGAGCCCAGAUCUCUGAGAAAGCUCUGGAGCACAGGGGAAUGGUGUGGAGGGGCGAGCCAGGGGCCGCUGCACUUGUUAGUUAUCACAGCCACCAGAUUUCAUGACUUUUGUACUUGUCCUUUUUCAGUAGAUGUCCCAGGACCAGUCAGCAUGUGUUUCAAAUGAAAUGGAAAUAAUGUUCUCCUCUCCUUGUGCUUGUUUUAAUUAGAAAUGGAUCUACGCUCAGUAAAAACAAUCCUGCUUCUGCUUGUAACUUAGUAUAGCAAGUGGCACCUCAAGCUCAAACGUGUUUUGCUGUGGCCAUGGUGCAGUGUCCAAGACUACAUAUGCAAUUGGGAAUGUUUUUGUAAGAGGUGUUUUAUUUUUCACUUGUCAUGUGUUUUUUUUUAUUUUUUUAAAGUAUUCAAAGGGAAGAACACAAAGCCGUAUUAUACCUCAGAAAAAUGCUGCACCAACCAUGUUAGCACCAGUGCCUUUCCUACUCAGGCCCUCUGGCAGGGACCUGGAAGACAAAAGCAAUACUCCAAUGUAUAAUUGCAAUAUUUGCCAUUUUUAAGUAGUGAAAUAGUGCUGUUGCCUCAUUCUAAAACAUUCUAAAAUAAUCGAUCAGUUAAAAAAAAAAAAGCAGUAAAUCCAAACGGUUACAGCAAACAAAAAUGUUGUAUUAUUCUUUUAAAAUAGCUUAGUAUACUGAUUACCUCUGAUUAAAAUAGAGUAUGCAGAUUAGUUUUUUUUAUAGUGUAUUUAUUAAAGACAUGAGACUGGAAUUUGUACCUCAACUGAUGCAUCUCAUGAUUUAAUAUAUUCUGAACUUCAUACUCUACUAUGAAACACUCACUUUUAGUACAAAUAAAUAUUUAUACAUGUAA